AUGGUUCCACAGAAAGGUGAGUUAAUCUGUAUGUAACAUAUACACUGCAACAGGAACUUAUAUUAACUGUGUCAGUUUAUAUCCUGCUAGCUACUUGCUCUUUGCCCUGUGAUCAAGCAGUUUUACUAUUGUUAUGUCAGCCUUUUAAGCUCUCUUUCAGUCAUCUUACGAUUGUAAUAAAUGAUGUCUUGUACUACAGCGUUGAGCAUGAAGGGACUGCGACCCCAUGGCGCUAUGAUUACACCAAGUACCACCCCAUGCAUGAGGUAACAGAGAAUAAGUAUUAGUUAUUAUAAUCAAACCUCCCUUUCCUAAGGUUAACGACUCCCUGUAUGAAGAAAUAGAUGCCCUUCAGAGAGAGCUGAUGUAGACCUAAGUGGUCGAAACAUCACCAAUAAACUAUGUGGGAGUAUAGAUUGCAGUUUGUAGAGUCUCUGCCAUUUUGAGAGCGAGAGAGAGAGAGAGAGAGAGAGAGAGAGAGAGCGAAAGAGAUGUCUAAUCAGAAUGGCCUUUGUGUCGUUCAUCUCCUCAGAUCUACCAGUGGAUGGGUCAGUUGGUGACAGAGAACCCAGGAGUAGUGUCCUCCUCAGUCUACGGACUGACCUAUGAGGGCAGGAACAUCACAUUCCUCAAGGUACCUCUACCCCACACUGCCAUCACAAAUGUAGGCCUGCUUCUAGAUCAGGGGUCUCCAACAGGUGGAUUGCGAGAUACCAGAGUAGCUCGCCAAACAAUUCUGAAAGUACCUGCAAUUUUCACGUCUUCCACCACAAACUGUCAUAAACAAAUCUCACAAGACACCGCAAACUCCCAACUACUAUCUAAUCGACGCAACGUUGACAUUAUCCCACCCCUGGUUAGCCACUAUUGGCUUAAAAAAAGCCAACCCUAACACAAUACCUGCCAAUUAAUUUCCAGAAAUAUUGCCCCUGUCUGCCUGUCUGCUGCGGGCUUUUCUUUCUAACUCCGUGUGUCGCCCAGUUCAUGUCAUUACCGUCUUGUGGGGUUGACAGAAAUACUUUCCCCAAAACCUUCUCAAUUAAAUGUUAACUGCAAAGCAGGCUUACGUGGCAGAAGUAUAUCAUGAGUAAGUAUAUCAUUUGUAUCUAUUAUUUGUGAUUUGCAAACUUUGCCAUAUAAUGAGCAGCAGCAGUAGAGAAAUAUCACUGGACCGACACGUUCUUCACUCACUAGUUUAAUUAAAGGGCCAGAUGCGCAAUUUAAAUUGGAAAUUCACUCAAAAGUCUAUUUGUUAGUUUCCUUCCACACCUAAACAAAAAUGCUUUUCUGAUGUGAUUUAACCAUUGGCAUGAACUCAGAACAUCCAAUUUCGUUGUUUGUCUAUGAACAAUUGUAGUUUUGAGUGAAAAACUAAGAUUUUGGGGGAAAUAUCACAGAUUUUAUAGGACCCCACUUAGGGUAGUUGAUUAACCAUUAUUUUACCAGGUAUAUUGACAGAACACAUAGCGUACUACUUUCUUUUGUCCACUAAGGACCUGGGGAAGAUCUGCAGGGGAGAAGAGAAGAAUGUGUCUAUUUGAAAGCUAGAAAUAAAUGAGAAGCUCACGUCGUGUCAAUUUUUUUAUUUUAUGUAUGAAAAGGUUGGAGACCAAUGAUCAGUAUACGGUGUCUCCGUCUAGCAGGAUAACACUAACUCACAUUGCAAGUUAUUUGCCGACCCAUGCCUGUGACUGUUUCGCGAAACACUUUUCCCACGACUAAAGGUAUACCCGCAAUUUUUAGACACUUCUGAUUAAGAAGUCGUCAUUUGCGUCGCAGACCGGUGCCCAGUAAAUACUACCACCCCCUUCCAAAUCAAAACCUGAGUUCCUAAAAAAGAAAGCCAGUCACGUCACGGACAACAAAGCCUGCGCGAUCGGACGAGCUAAACACCUAUUUAUCUUCGCUUCGAGAGUAAAACAACUCUGAGCUGAUUUGUAGCUCUUCUGUUUCAUUGCUUCCUGACAGAUUGGUCUGCAGCACCUAUGGGUUAACAUGGAGAUGUUCUCUGUUUCAUUGCUGGUCUGCAGAACCUACGGGUUAACAUGGAGAUGUUCUCUGUUUCAUUGCUGGUCUGCAGCACCUAUGGGUUAACAUGGAGAUGUUCUCUGUUUCAUUGCUGGUCUGCAGCACCUAUGGGUUAACAUGGAGAUGUUCUGUUUCAUUGCUGGUCUGCAGCACCUAUGGGUUAACAUGGAGAUGUUCUCUGUUUCAUUGCUGGUCUGCAGCACCUAUGGGUUAACAUGAUGUUCUGGUUUCAUUCUUGGUCUGCAGCACCUACGGGUAACAUGAGAUGUUCUCUGUUUCAUUGCUGGUCUGCAGCACCUAUGGGUUACAUGGAGAUGUUCUGUUUCAUGCUGGUCUGCAGCACCAUAUGGGUUAACAUGGAGAUGUUCUCUGUUUCAUUGCUGGUCUGCAGCACCUAUGGGUUAACAUGGAGAUGUUCUGUUUCAUUGCUGGUCUGCAGCACCUACGGGUUAACAUGGAGAUGUUCUCUGUUUCAUUGUUGCAUGACAGAUUGGUCUGCAGCACCCAGAGGGGAUGAUUAAAAAGAGCAUCUGGAUGGACUGUGGGAUCCACGCUAGGGAGUGGAUCGCUCCGGCCUUCUGCCAGUGGUUCGUCAAAGAGGUAAGAGACCCUGUACAGGUAGCUUAGUGGUUAGAGGUUGUGCCAGUAACCGAAAGGUGCUGGUUCUAAUCCCGUGCGACUAGGUGAAAAAUCUGUCGAUGUGCCCUUGAGCAAGGCACUUAACCCUAAUUGCUCCUGUAAGUUGCUCUGGAUAAGAGCGUCUGCUAAAUUACCUAUUUAUUUAACAUGAUGGAUGGAGAUGGGAAGGAAUAUAUUCAUUUUUCAUAUUUAUUUUAAUUAAAUUUUUUAGUCAUUUAGCAGACGCUCUUAUCCAGAGCGACUUACAGGAGCAAUUAGGGUUAAGUGCAUUGCUCAAGGGCACAACGACAGAUUUUUCACCUAGUCGGCACGGGGAUUAAAACCAGCAACCUUUCAGUUACUGGUACAACGCUCUUACCCACUAAGCUACCUGCUUACCUAUAUCUGUUUUAUAAACCCUAUGAAACGAAUAAACACCUCUCUUUUUAACAGAUUUUGCAGACAUACAAAACAGACAUGCAAAUCAACCAACUGCUCCAAAACUUGGAUUUUUAUGUCACUCCUGUGCUGAACAUCGAUGGCUACGUGUAUUCUUGGCUAAAUAAAAGUGUGAGUUCAAUAUACAGUAUAUCAUGUGUAACAGAUACUUUAAUAUAUAUAUAUUUAUAUUAUGUGGACAUUCCUUCAAAUUAGUGGAUUCGGCUAUUUCAGCCACACCCGUUGCUGACAGGUGUAUAAAAUCGAGCACACAGCCGUGCGAUCUCCAUAGACAAACAUUGGCAGUAGAAUGGCCUUACUGAAGAGCUCAGUGACUUUCAACGUGGCAACGUCAUAGGAUGCCACCUUUCCAACAAGUCAGUUCGUCAAAUGUCUGCCCUGCUAGAGCUGCCCCGGUCAACUGUAAGUGCUGUUAUUGUGAAGUGGAAACGUCUAGGAACAACAACGGCUCAGCCACGAAGUGGUAGGCCACACAAGCUCUCAGAACGGGACCGCCGAGUGCUGAAGUGCGUAGGGCGUAAAAAUAGUCUGUCCUCGGUUGCAACACUCACUACGGAGUUCCAAACUGCCUCGGGAAGCAACGUCAGCACAAGAACUGUUCGUCGGGAGCUUUAAAAAAUGGGUUUCCAUGGCCGAGCAGCCGCACACAAGCCUAAGAUCACCAUGCUCAAUGCCAAGCGUCGACUGGAGUGGUGUAAAGCUCGCCGCCAUUGGACUCUGGAGCAGUGGAAAUGCGUUCUCUGGAGUGAUGAAUCAAGCUUCACCAUCUGGCAGUCCGACGGAAGAAUUUGGGUUUGGCGGAUGCCAGGAGAACGCUACCUGCCCCAAUGCAUAGUGCCAACUGUAAAGUUUGGUGGAGGAAGUAUAAUGGUCUGGGGCUGUUUUUCAUCGUUUGGGCUAGGCCCCUUAGUUCCAGUGAAGGGAAAUCUUAUCGCUACAGCAUACAAUGACAUUCUAGCUGAUUCUGUGAACUUUGUGGCAACAGUUUGGGGAAGGCCGUUUCCUGUUUCAGCAUAACAAUGCCCCUGUGCACAAAGCGAGGUCCAUACAGAAAUGGUUUGUCGAGAUCAGUGUGGAAGAACUUGACUGGCCUGCACAGAGCCCUGACCUCAACCCCGUCGAACACCUUUGGGAUGAAUUGGAAAACCGACUAUGAGCCCGGCCUAAUCGCCCAACAUCAGUGCCUGACCUCACUAAUGCUGUUGUGGCUGAAUGGAAGCAAGUCCCCGCAGCAAUGUUCCAACAUCUAGUGGAAAACAUUCCCAGAGGAGUGGUGGCUGUUAUAGCAGCAAAGGGGGGGGGACCAACUCCAUAUUAAUGCCCAUGGAUUUUGGAAUGAGAUGUUCGACCAGCAGGUGUCCACAUACUUUUGGUCAUGUAGUGUAUCUCUAAUCACUACAAUACAUGGUGGGUUUAAAAUGAGUUUGGUGCCUAUAUUCAUGAAACGUCUGAGUGUAGAUCUAGGAUCAGGCCCCCCCCCCCUGUCCAUAGACUAUAUACUCUUAUUCGUUAUGGUCUCAAAGGCAAAACUGAUCUUAGGCUGAGACUCAUUAUGAAUCCUGAUUUUUAUUUUAUUUUUUAUUAUUAUUAUUUAUUUUAUUUUAUUGACUGUGUUGUUCUCCAGACUCGGUUGUGGCGUAAAUCCCGGUCUCCUCCCCCAGAAGGCUGUAGCUGUUAUGGAGUCGAUCUCAACAGGAACUUCAACGUUAACUGGGGCAGUGAGUUAUAAGUUCUCCUACAUGUUGUUUCAACACAACUCACACUUUGGGAAAUGACGCUUGCAUCUAAUCCUCUGAUAAGGUAUUCUGAAAAUGCAUCGGAUUAUACUGUGAUGUAAUAAUAUUCUCUCUUGACAGACUGUUACCAUUACAUAACAGUUGCCGACCGGAAACACAAGUUCAGAGAUUACUGUUAUUCAUAACACAGAGUCCAUGCAUGUCCACCUCUUUUUCUCCUAGUGAUUGGGGUAUCGUUUGACUGCUGCCAUGACAACUACUGUGGCACUGGGGCUGUCUCUCAGAUGGAGUCCCAGGCAGUGACAGAGUUUGUAGGGAGCAGGACAGAUGACAUCCUCUGUUACCUGACCAUCCACUCCUCUGGACAACUAAUACUGCUGCCCUACGGACACCCACAGAUACAGGCCACCAACUAUGACGAACUGGUGAGGGGUAGGGGCGUGUCUCUGUUUUUUUCCUGGGUUCCUACGGCGUGUCUCAGAUGUCCCAGGUUUUUAAGCAAUUUAAUAGGAAUCUCUUUUCAUGUAGGUGAAAGUGGGUAAAGCUGCAGCAGAGCUCACGAAGUCAGUUCAUGGGAUGAACUACAGGAUGGGAACCUCGCCUCAAGUCCUGUGUAAGUCAGCCCCACCUAACAGCAUACUGUAUCAUAUCCUCUUAAAGCUAACUUCACUCUCUCAUUACCCUAUAAGUCAGUGUAAAAAAUAUAUAUAUAUUGACCUGGCCAGAUCAGCAUGCAGAUUAGCCUUCCCUCUCCUUUUCAGAUCCUAACUCUGGCACUUCCAGAGACUGGGCUCGUCUCAUUGGGAUCCCGUUCUCCUACACCUUUGAGCUGAGAGACAAGGGUCAGUUUGGACACCUGCUGCCAGAGUACCAGAUCCAGCCGGUGUGUGAAGAGGCCUUUGUGGGAGCACUCUCCAUCAUCACAUACGUCCAUGAUAAGACCUUUUAUUAA